AUGGCAGAGGCAGCCGGUCUUGUUGUUGGUGUCGUCGCCCUUGCUGGCCUCUUCAACAACACAGUCGAGUGCUUCGAGUUCGUCCAACUCGGCCGCACAUUCGGAAAAGACUUCGAGACAAGUCAGCUCAAGCUCGACAGCGCAAGACUCCGCCUGUCGCGGUGGGGCAAGUCUCUGAGUCUGGACAAUGAUCACGCCGAAGCCUUGUUGGGUCAGAUCGUAGAACUAUUCGCGGAAGCUGAAGGCGUGUCAAACAGAUACAGGGGCCGGACAGAGCCUCAGGACGGCAGCCUUGCAGUAUACGAUCCACAAACCGACCUGGAUCCGGCGAUGGCGAAGCUCCACGAGAAAAUGCGCCAGCUAGCUAUCGAGCGCCAGAACCGGUCUGGCGUACGGCAAAAGGCCAGGUGGGCAUUAUAUCAAGAGAAGCAGUUUAGACGACUGAUCGAGGACAUCACCGAGUUGGUCAACGACUUAGACAACCUCUUCCCCAACACUCAGCAGUCCCAGCGUGAGCUCUGCGACAUCGAAGUCUCUACUAUUGGAGAAGGUCAAGACAUCUCUGUGUUGAGAGAAAUUGCCGCCGCCCAGGACAAGUUGUUAGAGCAAGCUAUCACGAAGGCUGCGGAGGGUGCUGGGAAGUCGCACCACAUCGUCUUUUCGGGCAGUGGAAACACUGGCCUUCAGCUGGGCCACAACUCUGGUACAAUGUCAGGGUUUACAUUCGGGAGAGGCAGCUGA